AUGGAGGAUGCCUCUUUACCUGAUUAUCCGCCUGUCCAGGAAGAGGACCUUACUCAUGCUUUUCCAGGUGGAUUGACUGAUCCAUCAAUACUGCGGAGUUUCAAUAGUCAUGCUGCUGCAGCGUUUGGCACGGGGAGGAACGAGUCUGGGCUAUCACAGUUAGCUCGUUGCACUUAUCGGUUCGUCAACAAGCUUCUAAUCUCCAGUUUUGUUGAGAGAUGGCAACCUGAGAUGAACAUAUUUCACAUGACAGUUGGUGAGAUGACCUUGACCCUGGAUGGUGUUGGCACUAUUCUUGGCCUUCCCAUUGUAGGCAAAUCAGUCAGCGUACCAGAUGUGACAGAUCAUCAUGGAGUUACACUACUGGUUUAUGGCUUGGGGAUUACUGAACGUGCAGCACAUGAAGAGGUUUCUUCUAUUGGUGGCAAUUCAGUCAGGCUUGAGUGGUUGCGCAGUCAGUUUGCUGGUGUCACAGAUUCAGACCCCGAUGAGGCUAUACAGUGCGCUGCUAGAGCUUAUUUGUUGUUUCUGUUGGGAUGUACACUCUUCAGUGACAAGAGUGGCGGCAGGGUUCCUGUUGUUUACCUUGGCUUAUUGAUGGAUUUGGGAUCCAUUCAUACUUACGUCUGGGGUGCUGCUGCAUUAGCAUUUUUAUACAGACAGUUGGGGUAUGCUAGCCGGUCCGGGGUUAAACAGAUGGGUGGUUAUAUGAAUCUUUUGGAGGCGUGGAUUUAUGAGCACUUCCGAGCAUUCCGACCUCACUAG